UUUCCUUUCCUUGUAUGUUGUUGAGAAUACUACAUCACAAAAGAGAAAAGAGUGAACCGAUAAUCUUUUUUAUAUGAAUUUCAACAAUCCUUGUAAGCUAAUUUUUUAGGGUUGAAUUAGGUCUAACGUUUGUUCUUUACAUAUGUAUUUAUCUUAUUAAGAGUAAAAUUUUUGACAUUUUAAAAAUUUUAUUUUGUAUAAUUAUAGAAGAUGAAUGAAAAGAAAUGUAUUUUUCUAAACAAAAUUUAAAUAAAAAUAUUUUAUUAGAAAUUGAGGUGUUUAAUUCAGGUAAAACUUUAUUUAGAUAUAUAUAAGUGAAAUAUUCCUAGGAGUUGAAGGAUGUGUAUUAUGCCAAAUGAAAACAAAGGGUAUCUUUAAUUUGGUGAUUUUCUUACUAGACUAGACAAAUAAACAGAAAACAAAAGGAAAAAAAAAGGUUUAAGAAAAGGUAAAAGUGUUCACAUUAUAGAAUCUCAUAUAUAAUUCAGCAAGAAAAUACCCAAAGAGAGAGUAGAGAGAGAGAGAGAGAGAGAGAGAGCAGAAAUGGAGAAGGAAAGAGAGAAGCAAGUUUACUUGGCUAGGCUGGCUGAGCAAGCUGAAAGAUAUGAUGAAAUGGUGGAAGCAAUGAAGGCGAUUGCUAAGAUGGAUGUCGAACUCACAGUUGAGGAGAGGAAUUUGGUGUCAGUUGGGUAUAAGAAUGUAAUUGGAGCAAGAAGGGCUUCAUGGCGGAUAUUGUCUUCGAUUGAACAAAAGGAGGAGAGUAAGGGCCAUGAGCAGAAUGUUAAGAGAAUUAAGACUUACAGACAGAGGGUUGAAGAUGAGCUUACGAAAAUAUGCAGCGACAUUUUGUCAGUGAUAGAUGAGCACCUUGUUCCUUCCUCCACUACCGGAGAAUCUACUGUCUUCUACUAUAAGAUGAAGGGAGAUUACUAUCGCUAUUUAGCAGAGUUCAAAGCAGGGGAUGAUCGUAAAGAGGCUGCUGAUCAGUCACUCAAAGCUUACGAGGCUGCUACUGCCACCGCUAGUUCAGAUCUUGCUCCUACUCACCCAAUCAGACUUGGACUUGCGUUGAACUUCUCAGUUUUCUACUAUGAGAUUCUGAAUUCACCUGAGAGGGCAUGUCACUUGGCCAAGCAAGCAUUUGAUGAAGCUAUUGCUGAACUUGAUAGCCUAAGUGAAGAAUCCUACAAGGAUAGCACCCUUAUCAUGCAGCUUCUAAGGGAUAAUCUCACUUUGUGGACAUCAGAUCUUGAAGAGGGAGGUGAACAUUCCAAGGGUGAUGAGCGUCAGGGAGAGAACUAGUUGAAGGCGAAUCAUUGUUAUGGUGGCUCCUUGGAGACAUGUUAGCUUGUGGAAAGUCUUUGUUUUUCAUAUAAUGUUCAGGGAUUCAUGCCUAUUGGCUUGUAUGUUCAUCCUCCAUACAUAAACAUUCCCAGUGUACUUUUCCUUUUCAGUAAAAAAUUUGCUUCUGUUGUUGCA